ACUUUGAGAUUCUACUAUCUUUCCUUCUCCACAAGUACACACAAACGAAUAUCAUCGUUACCCAUCCAUUUCAUUCUUUUUCUAUUGGGGGGUAAAGAAGAAGAGAAUGGUGAUCAUUCAAGAACAACUGUGCAAGCAAGUUGUGAAGCCUAGGAUCGGUUGCCAAGCCUGCUUUAUAUUGACUUGGCACUUCAGUUGUCGUGUUCAACGUCAUGACUUGUUUAGUCAUAGAAACAGAUGGAAACCUGUUCAGGUACCCAGUGUGUAUCGAACCAAACGUCGUAUGGAGUGUCGUUCAAUAGAAAACUUGAAAGAAAGUUCAGCUUCAAAUAGUUUACCUACUCAAAAUGGGACUGUUCGUACAGUUGCAGAAACUAUUUCCGACUUUUUGAAACACUUCCGCCACCCUAUCCCUUCCAUCUAUCGUACCAUCGUACAAGAACUAUUGGUCACUACCCACCUCGCUAGAGUUGCUGUGGGAUUCCAGUACGAUCCAGUAUUUGCUUUAGGGUACCAAAUGGUUACCCAAGUGUUUUUCAAGAGUUAUCCUAAAGUGGAGGAAAAGGAAAAACUUUUUGAUAGUAUGUGCAAGGCGUUGUUACUGGACUAUGAACGGAUGAAAAAGGAUGCAAGUGUGUUGGAAGAGUGGACUCGGUCACGAACUGAACGAGAGAUAUUACUAGCCAUAGAAGAAGGUGGAGACGAUCCUCUGGCCAAUCUAUUGCAUUCUAUAGCGCAGAAUGAUGGAUUUGUUUACAGUCGUCUGUUUGGAUUAGGAUUGGUUCGUAUGAUGGAGUUGUGUGGAGAAGAAGCCAACUCGGAAAGGUGCCAAAAAUGGGCUUCUGCUCUACAUAUAAGCAGUUUGAAGUUGGAGCAAGAUUUGGAUACUUAUCAACAAUCACUGGAAAGAUUGAAGCAAGCAGAACAACUAUUUGCUGAACUGGAAGCACGACAGAAGAAGAAAUUGGCAGAAAAAUUGGCAGAGAAAGCAAAACGUGCGCAAGAAGAAGCGAUGAAAGCUGAACAACAGAUGACUGAACCCAAUUCUUCAGUUUAGAGGGUUUAUGGGGUAAUCGCCUUUCUUUCUCAU